AUGGCGGCGGCGGCGGCGCCCAAGCUAUCGGACUUCGUGAUCUGCGGCGCGGGGGGGCUGGGCCCCGGGGCGGACGGCAGCAAGGGCUACCUCUUUGUCGGGGACAGCGACGAGGUCGGCCCGGCGAAGGAGGCGCUCGCCGCGGACGUGCCGUACCUCAGCGUGCCGCUCAGCGCGCGCGGGCUCACGCAGGGCGACGCCGACGCCGUCGUGGGCGCCCUCGCGGCGCUGCCGCGGCCGACCACCGUGCAGAGCGCCUGCGGCGCGCGGGCCAGCGCCGCCGUCGCGCUCUACCUCGGCGCGGCGAGGGGCCAGAGCGGCGACGAGGCAUGGGCGGCCGCGCAAGCAGAGGGCAUGAGGUGCUGCGCCGCGCCCGCCGCGGCCUCGUUCCUGGCGUGGGCGAGGUGCUGCACCAAGCCCGCCGCGGCCGUGUUCCGGGCGUGGAUUCAGAGCUCCCUGCCCGCCGCGGCGGGCGCGCCGCUGCUGCUGCAGCUGUUCGACCGGGAGUUUGGGAGCUCCACGUACACGUACCUGCUCGCCGACCGUGACACGCUGGAGGCGGUGAUCAUCGACCCGGUUCUGGAGCACGCCGAGAGGGACGCGUCGCACGUCAAGCGGCUGGGCCUCACGCUCAAGUUCGCCCUCAACACGCACUGCCACGCCGACCACAUCACGGGCACGGGUGCCUUGAAGGCGCUGCUGCCGGGCGUCCAAAGCGUCAUCGCCGAGGCGGCGGGCGCCAAGGCGGACUUGCUCUGCAAGCCCGGCGAGGUCUUCACCUUCGGCAGCCACAGGUUGGAGGUCCGCGCGACGCCCGGGCACACAAGCGGUUGCGUGACGUACGUCCUGAAUGGGACGAAGGCGUUCACGGGCGACGCGCUGCUCGUGGGCGGCUGUGGGCGCACCGACUUCCAGCAGGGCGACAGCUCGGUGCUGUACAGCAGCGUGCACACGCAGAUCUUCACCCUGGACGGUGCGGCCAAGAUCUACCCAGCGCACGACUACAAGGGCCGGACGGUGUCCACGGUGGCGGAGGAGAGGGCGAGGAACCCGCGCUUGACUCUCCCAGAGCCAGAGUUCUGCAAGCUCAUGGCAGAGCUCGGCCUGCCAUACCCGAAGAAGAUCGACGCCUCGCUGCCCGCCAACCUCAGGUGCGGCGUCCAGGAUCUGCCUCGCACGCCGAGCGUGACGAGGGCGCGGGAGGGCGCGCGCAUCGCAAACAUCCUGGAGCGCUCCUCGCUCAACUCGCUGGCCUCGUCAGCCCCACUUGCGGUCGCGAGGAACCCGUACUACCGUUUCACUGGCUCCCUGCACGGCGUCGCGGUGGAGGCGCGGGUGCAGCCUGGGCUGGCGGCCACCACGCGCGGCUGGCCCGCGCGUGGCGCUGAGCGAUACUGA